AUGUACAAUUCAAAAAGUCUUGAUGAAUUGCUUACGGUAACUUUUUCAAUAUUGAAAUGUUUGUAAGAUAUAAGUAAAAUUUAUUUAAAUGCUUCUUUAAUGCAUUAGUUAACGUUAAUGUGCAGUUUUAAUAAAUAUAGUUUGGUUUUUCAAUAGCUUUCGUAAAUUCUAAUCAUAGCGGUGUUUAGAAAUUUUUAUAAGUGAGUUAAUCUUUGACAAUAUUAAAAUUAGAUUUAGUUUCUCAUCAUUAUAAUUAUAAUUUUGUGUUUUUUAGAUGAGCUAUGUGGUCAGAGAGACCGACACACUGGAAGGGAUUGCGGCAGCUCAUGACUGCACUGUUGGAGAAUUGGUCAAGCUUAAUCGAAUGGCGUUGAGAAUGGUAAUAUUUUAUACAUAUAAAAACUUACUUAAACAAAAAUUUGAACUUACAAAGAAAGUCCCCGACAUGCCCCGCUCUGAUUAACUUCAAACUUUUUAUUUAGAAAGGAAAAUAUAAGAUAUUUAGCAAAGUAUUAAAUCGCGCUUUCCAGCCAAUCUCGGGUAGAUAUGAAGAAUGGGCCGUCCUUGAGAAAAAUUUAAGCCGGGUCUGGAAAUCUCGAAAAAGUCCGGCCCGUUUCCACUCCACGUGAAAAAAAAUUUGGGCCGGGCCUGAAUAUUUUAAAUUUAAAACUCAAAAGCGCGAGCUAAAUUUUUUUGGGUACUACUAGUGGUACAAAAAUUCAUAUAAAGUUUUUAAGCUGAUUCUGAAGGGGGUCAGGUUGGGUACUUUCCUUGUUAAAUAAGCAUCGCUGCGCUGCCACAUAAAUGGUUUAAUUCUAAUUUUGAUUUGAAAACGAGAGAAAUAUAAUUUUUGUUUGGUAAUAUAUUUUUAUGCAUUUAUGCUCAACAUUAAUAACGAUAAGUACAAAGUUUCAUAAAAAUUUUUGUUUAUCUUAUAUAAAAUAUCAGCCUGUAGUGUGCUGUAAUUUUAUGCAAAUCUAGCAAAACACGUUGUUUACAAAACGUUCAAACAUAUAAAUCCUAUUUUGGUACAGUUUUGGUAGUUAAUUCUAAGAUUACGCUAUAUUAUUGUUUUAUUUUUGCAUGAACACGAUAAAAAUGGUCGUUAAUUAUGUUUGGUUUAGAAAUGCGGUAAGGCUUAUAACAAUUUUUUGAGAAUUAAAUAGGAAAAUUUAAAAACCGUUGCAAUUUGAAGAAUUUUAAUUUUUCAACUUGCAAGGUUUUUGGACAUUUGCGGAUUUUUUAAAGGCUUUUUUUAAAUUUUUUAGUUAAUUUACUUGUAGUAUGGUACUAAAGUUUAAAUUGGUACUGUUUUAUAUUUUUUGGUACUAAAUGGUAUUAAAAGCCCAAAAUGGUACUGUUAUGUUAAAACGGUACCAAUUUAAACUUUAGUACCAUUUAGUAUCAUAAUACAACUAAAUUAACUAAAAAAUUAAAAAAACCCCUAUAAAAAUCCGCAAAUGUCCAAACCGCAUUUGUCCUAGCGCCGGAUAGGUGUAUGAGUAUCACAGCGAAAAACAAUAAUCGCUAAAAGUAUUGGCAUUGUGUAAAACUUUUUUUUAAUUUCAAAAAUUUGUAUUUCCUACGUGAUUUAAAAAAUGAAGAGUUGGAAACGGAAAAUAUAACCUGACAGUGCAUUUGCCUUCAACAAAGACGAUUUUGAUGUCGUCGAUGGGAAAUGCAAAGUUACUCAAUUGGGAUCAAAGACUUUAAACGUUUAACCUAGCACAGUUUUUUGACGGCAAUAUUCCACUCAUUCUUGCCAACAAAAACCUUUCUUAAGCGGCCCUUAACCGCGUCGCCUGACUUCCGUCCACAAACAUUCUAAAAAUCGAUGCUCUUAAUGCUGUUGUUUUUAUAGAAAGCGCCAAAUUUUUAGUAUUUUUUUAGGCUUUAAGCGUUUUAUAUUGUUUUAGUGUUUGAAAAGUGGAAGUGGUUUUAAAAUUUGUUAGUUGUGUAGCCGGAUAACUUUUGAAAUUUCUUGAAUAACAUCACGUUAUGUUUUUGGUAUUUAUAUAUUUUGAUUUUGAAAAGCAAUUUAUAAAAUUUAUUUGAAAAUUAUAGUUUGAAGAAAAAGUCUUUUGUGUCUUAUUUUUUCUUCUAAACUUAUUGGGAAUUUUUCAUCGUAUAAUCUGUCUUCUCCCGAAUAAUUUAUUUUUCUGAAGAAAUUAUCUGUUGGAUUGUAUGGUCAAAAUUGAAUCUUAAUUAAAAAUUUUUAGUUCAUUAUUUAGACGGGAUUUUUGAUUUUGAAUCUAAUAAAAUACAAAUAUUUUAAAAAAUGGUUAUAAGGAAGGAGAUAUUAUGGUAUACACUGCAGUAUACACGGGAGUUUUUCUAUGAUUUAUAUAGAAAGAAUAAUUUAACAGAUAAUAAGAAUUUAAGUUUUCUUAAAAGUUUAAUUAUUCUGUUCUACAUUUUGUUUUAUAGGCUGAAAAAGGGCGAAAAAAAGCUAUGAAGUAUUUUGGUUUGUCUUUUGAAUACAUAUAUGCAGCAAAUUUAAUUGAGAAACAGUUGAUUUUUUAUAUUAAUCAGAAAAUAAUGUCCAGUGUUUUCUCUUUUCGUCUCACCACUUCUAAAAAUCAUGGGUCUUUUUUGGUUUUUUUUUUGGUGAUCACGCACGAAUUGAAAGUCUUUUUUUGCUAAUAUACCAUAAGGGACAUAAAAUGAACAUUAAACGAAACAAAUAUUUUGAAGACUACAAGGCGUAAUAAAGCUUAAUAAUUUGGUUUUGGGUAGAAUUUUCUUUAUUGAAACUGUACCAAAUUUAUUUCUUUUAAAAUUUUGUUUUUUAGUUUUGUUAUAAUAAAAUAGUUUGGCUGCUGCAUUUUUUCGGUUUCUUUUUCAACAUAGGAAUAGUUUGGACAUUUAUAAUACUCGUUACCUAAAAUUAUAAUUUUAACUAUUUUAAUAAUUAUUUUUAGGUUUUCCCUGGUCAAAAAAUCUUGGUUCCUGUCACGUCGGACGACAUAUUUACGCAGGCCGAAACACAGAGCAUUCAAAAUCCUCAAAUAAUUGAAAAUAUGGAUGUAAAGGCUCACCCGCGGUCGUUUUCUAUGAAUGAAACUUGUUCAGGUAAUUUUUACUUCAUUGUGUUUUUAAUGUUUAGAGUUCUUCCAAGUAUGAAGUUACAUUCUUAUUGGCAUUAGCCGCGACGUAUGUCUUUUUUACGUUCGUUCAAAUAUUGGCCAAUAUAUUGGUAAUUACCUAAAAUACUUUUGUUCGAACGUAUACGAUCUCACAAACAUUGUUUAUUUUUUUUAUAUAAAAUCAAAGGUUUCUUUGCGUGUGGUACUGUUUUUAACGUUUUCCUUUGAAAUUGCAUUAUGAUAUGAGUGUAUGUGCCGAAUUAUAAAAAUUGAAUAUGAAAUUAAUCACGGAAAUAUGUCGUUUAUUGUGGCACCAAAAUAAUAGGCUAAUUUACUAAAAGUCGCUCUCACGCAUUCAUAUGUGGGUACGGAUUUUAUAAAGAAAUAUUUUUUCUAGUUAUUUCUUUCUCGAAAUGACUGACGUACUCUCGGUUGAAAAAAAAUGUACAAACUCUACGUAAAAACGGGAGUUUUAGCUGAAUGAGUGUUACGGACCUGUGUUAGUAGCCGUUUCCACCUUUGUUAUUUUAAUAAUGUUGGCGACUAAUUUUAUAACAUAAAAGCUGUCUCUUGCUUUAGCAUUUUACACGUUAUUUCUUUUGUUGGAAGCUGCGGAAUUAAUGUCAAUUGUUUUUGCUUAUGGAAAAUGUUGCUACGAUAUGUGGAUUAUACACGAAAACCAAGAUUAAAUACGAAAUACGAAGUAAAAACUUUCCACAGGUUGUCGUUAUUUGGUGAAAAAAUUUUUUAAAGUUAGUGCAGAUUUUGAAAAGGGGGCUGUGUUUGUGGGUUUAUUAAACGCGAUUUUCACGUUAUAAACGGUGAAUUGAAGGGCUAGUUUGAUUUUAGUUCAAGAUAAACGAUCGUUAAAACACUCGUCGAUAAUGGAAAUACCAAAGAUUGAAAUAAAUGCCAUCGAAUGCAUUUGCGAAUGUAAGCUUUUAUUCUCAGUGGAAUCGCUUCGUUUUUAGUAUGAAUGACUGAAAAUUUAUCGGUAAAACAUUUUUUUAACCACGUUUUAAAAUGGAUUUUUCUUAGUAACAAAACGUACUGCUGAAUUUGAAAUACCUGUUGUUGAUACUUACUUAAUACGGUUUAUAGAUAGCAUAAAAUUUCAUUUGAUAGUUUUUUGCUUAAUUUCCACAAUUAUCGCUGUUUAUAUUAAAAACAGAAGAACGUAAGAAAGAUAAACCUGAAAAUCGUUAUUUUUUGAAAUUGUUAAAUUAUAAACUUAAAUUAAUCAUUUACGUUUUUGUGCGGCAAAUAAUGAUGAUAAAGGUGACUUUUGAUGAUGAAACCUGUAGUUGAAUGGGGGUUUCUUGAAUGAUCAAUGCAGGGACGUCGUUUGGGAAAGGGGGAGGAGGGGGGGACCCCCCCUCCCCCAGAGCCGAUCCGAAAAAAAAUUCCACAGGUAGGUACCUGUACGUGAAAAAACGAAAAAAAAACUUCGGCCUUCCCUUCCCCCAGAGGAAAUCUGUAGCGACGUCCCUGGAUCAAGGUAUUAUUGUAUUAGCAUAAAUUUUGUGUGCUGUUCUGGUAAAUGCAUUACUAUUUGUUCAUUUAUGCUGAAUUUGUUUUUGAAUUGUACUAAUGUGGAAAACACUGUGGUGCAGAGCUUGGUUUUUUAUAUGGUGUGAUGGUUUGUGUAAUACUAAUUGUAUAUAUUUAUAAUAUGAAAAAGGAAAUGUGAAUUUUUAAGUAAUUUUUAAAUCAGAUAUGGUGUUUGUUCACUUUAAAAAAUAGAGCUGUAUAUGGUUUUAUUUGUUUGAACAACUUGUUUUCUAUCCUUUUGGUUAAAAAAUUGUUUUGAUGUGGAAAAGUCGGUGAUAACGAGUGCUUUGACUUUUUAGAAGUUUUGCUUAUUAAACCCAGGCUUUAGAUUUUGAAUUUAACAAACGAUUUAGUUUGAUUAGGUGUUUAGCAAUUAAAUUUAUGCAUGAUUAGUGUGGUAUGAAAUUAUAUACGCGUAAUUUUCUGAUAUUGGUGAGUACAUUUCCGUUUAUUUUGUUGGUUUAGCUACGUCUUUUUUCUUUUAUUUGUCAAAAAACAAUAAUAUAAUAUGUAAUAAAUUAACGUUUUAGUGGUGUUUUAAAAUAGUAUCUGAGCGUAUUUUUUAAACUAUUUAAAUUUUUAACACCGUGGAGGACAUGUUAAUAAUAACUAGAUUUUAGACUAGAAAUUAAUACGUUUGCAUUUUAAAAAUUUGUAAAAGUUUUAAAUAUUUGUUUAAUUUUAUACAUUGUACUAAAAUGACUGUUUUAAAUUGUUAAUCUUAUCAUUUGUUGUUUUAUCUCGAACUCGCUUUAAAUACUGCUUUAUGAAAUUCCAGCUGAUAGUGUAAGUUGUGUAGUGAGCGUGGUCCUGUUUCUCUUUUUUGUGUAUUUGUUCUGCAGAAUUGUAAUUAUGGCUAUGACGGUUCUCUUGGGAUUUUGGGGUAAGUUUUUGUUACUAUUUUUGUACUUAAGCGGUUGGUUAGCACAGGCAAUGGUGUUUUGUAAUACAUUUGUUUUUUUAAUGUUUUAAAUAUGCGUUUUCAUAAGUUUUGAAUUUAUUCAUUGUCAGUUAACCUGUUCACGAAUUUAAUUGUUACUUUUUAUAUUUGGAAUUUUUUUUUCUACAUUUUUAAACUUUUUUUCAAUAGACAAAUAAAAUUAUGUAACGAUAGAACACGUCGGUCGUGCUGAAAAAUUAGAUAUCAUUUAGUUACAAUGCUUCAUUUUCUUAUCUACAUCACUAGUCAUGCUAGGCCCAAGCGUGAGUAAAAAUUCUAUAAUUUAAUCUAAAAACUAUUUGCCGUAAUAUGAUGGGAUGGCUUUGUUUACCACGGCCAAAAUCUCUUAAAAUUGAAUUGUUUUUUUUAAUUUUAAUAUGACAUGCGACAGGAGUUUUUUUGUGUCAUUUAUUAGAUUUUCUUUUUUAUUGAUUGCUGUUUCUGUUUUCACUUUGUGUGAAUAAGUUUUUACCGAAUUAAAAUUGAUCCUCAAACGGCUUGCUUUCUUUAUUUCUAAUUCAAUAAUAAGAGUGAGUGACAAAAAAUUGCAGUUGUGCUUUGAAACGAGAGUUCUGAGGCAAUAAAAACAUUUGUUAUUUAGGAUUGUAAGAAAAUUGAAGAUGAUUAGUAGCAUUUACAAAGGGUUGGAGAUAAUGUAGCUUAAUUAAAAGUACGAAGUGCCAUACACUCUAGCCUAGUUUAGUUUUUUAAUUUUUUACGAUAGUAAAAUGCCAUUAUGGUUUUAUUGAAAAAAACAUAAAAUAAUAAUACUUGCACUAUAAUUUAAUUUAUCAAUUUUAGAUGGAAUUCGAAAAGGACCAGGUGUUCCAGCUCCACUUCAGUUUGUAGACCAUCAGAUGAAGACUAACAAUAAUAUAAGUGAUAAUGGUAAACCGAUGUUGGAAACGAAAAAAUCUAUGGAAUUUGAUUUGGCCGACGCUGAAUGUCUACAAAGGUUUUUGAAAAUCAAAGUGAAACAAGUUACUGAAUCUGACGGUACGGUAACUGGGACAUUGCUUGUUACUCCAAAUUGUUUGAUGUUUGACCCAGAGUUAAGCCAUCCGUUGGUUAAAGAAAAGGGUAGCGAUCUAUAUGGAAUGGUAGCAAAGUGAGUGCAACAAUUGAUGCUUGUUUUACAACUUUCUGCUUUUGAGAUUUUUUUAAAUUUAUUUGAAAACAUUAAAAUAUUUCUGUAGAUUUUUUUAAAACAUCGAUAUUUUUUCUUUUUUUAUAACGAAUUUUGAUGGCAACUUUAAAGACACGGUAAAGAAUAUGUGAUUGUCUUAUUUUUAGCAUGGAAGACGUAGUAUCAGUUUCGGUGUUUAGACACAUUGCUGACUUAACGGGAGAAGAAAAAAAAGUUGACGGAAUUUAUGACCCAUCUCAUUUAUCUGAACAGAAACCCAAAAAACCGCAAAGUUUAGACCGGUCCAGCUCUAAUUCCAUUGAUGAAUCUUAUAAGCCAGGUAAGUUUAUUUUUUAACUUUUUUUUACCAUACUGCUUUUUAUUUAAUAUUUUAAAUUAUAAAAUUCAAGGUUAAGGGGUUAAUAAGCUUUUUUUAUGAUUAUGUUGCGACUGUAAAAAACGACUGUUAAUGUGGUUUUUUUUUCAGUUUUUACUGCUGGAAUUUCGGAAAGUUACGAAUCAAAUGGCAAUUUGGAUUUACUAGAUCCGCCCGAUCCAUGUCCUAGUCAAAAGCAACAUUCCCUUUCAUCGAACGCUUCAUCCGAAUCUCAACUACCUUGUAUAAAAGAAGAAGAUAAAGCUACCCCAACAACUCCUGCUCAAGACUACUCUAAACAGUUGGGAGUGGUGCAAGUAAAACGACGCACGGUCAGCGAUUUGACCCCAGAACAGAAAACCCCUCUUGAAGAACUGAUCGGUCCGGUGCCAGAAAGGCCAAAUUUGGGAAAGAAUGAUAGUCGAACUAGAUGUCAUUCGGAAUUGGAAGCUACGACUUCGUUAAGUUCCGUGUCUUCUGAACCCGCGGGACCACAAAGAAAUUCGCGGUUUAGAGCUUCGUUUACAAAAAUGUCGCCAGAUGUGGCCAGAAGGUCAUUUGGUAGACUCAGUAGGACUUUAAGGCAGGUUUUGGUUUUUUAAAAUAGUUAAUUUCUAUGGGUAGGGUUAUCUAAUCAUUAUGAAAAGUGAAGAAUAACUGGUGCUAUUUAUUAGAAUGAAGAAGAUAUCAUGGUAAUUUGACAAUGAUGAAUGGUGAAAAAAUAUUCUUUUAGUCUAAAAACAAUUCAAAGAAAUUGGAAUAUGUCUUAUAUAGAAUAUAAAUGAUCAGACAAAUUUAAAACUGAUAUAAAAGAUAUAAAUUGAUAAAUAAAAAUUUUAAAUAUAUUUUUUAUGUGAAAAAUUAAUCUAAAAUCACAAUUUUUUUAGUUUUAAUUGUUUUAACAAAACUUUACGCCCACAAAAGUGAAACUUAAUUUUUUUGACGAAGACUGCUGCGCAAAAGUUUUGGGACACGUCAUAUCUGAGUUUUUUAUACAAGCGACUUUAGCCAAAUUUUCCAAAAAUUUUAUUUUUAACCUAAUAUAACAAUAUUUGAAAUCAACAAACUUAUACUGUUUCUGAAAAACAAUUUUUUACUUAUUAAGUCUUCACAACAAACUGUAUGUAAAAAUUUAUGAAAAUCUGUUAUGUACAAAGUGAUAUGAGGGAGGUGCCGCAAACCUUUGCGUAGCAGUGUAACUUAAAAAUAUAUAAAAACGGAAAUUAGGACUAAGCGUUUGCAGGAAGGGGGGGGGGGUUAAUUACUUUAUGUUGCUUCCACUCCUCUAUAGAAAAACCGUAGCGACGCCCCUGGUUGCAACAAGUGAAAGUUUUAAAAGAAAUAUAAUUAUUAUUAAAGCCUUCAGAAACCGGAGUACUUUUUUCUCUUUAAUCUCUUAUAGUGAUAUAAUCGCACUUUUUAUUGUUUAUUUCAAAAAUAACUAAAGAGACAAUCUCUUGAAUUAGGGGGGAGGGAGGGGGUGUUUUCCGUUUUGUUUUUUGAGAAUAUCUCGGUUUUCUUGUAAUUAACAGCACCGUUUUUUUUUUACCAAUUUUACAGACUGUAGUUCUUUUUUUGUUUUGAUUAAAGUUUUUUAAAAUUGCGUUUUAUUUUAAAAAGAAUAAUGGUGAAAUCGCUAACUUUUUUUGUUACGGCAUAUUACCCAGCUGGUUUGUAGAAAAACAGACUUUGAAAAACGCAUGGUAGAGCGAAAAAGAUUACUUCGCAUACAACUCGGAGAUUGUGGAUAAAUUUGAAAAUAAUAUAGUUUUUGCUUUAUAUUGGUUUUGUUCUUGUAUUUUGAGAGUUUGUACGAUUUUUUAUGGUUUUUAACUUUUUUGUGGGUUUUUAAUAAGCAGUUAGGUAGAGAUAAGUAAAUCACCGUUUCAUUUAAAAGUAAAAUUUAGCUUUUCUUAUUUUUAUAAGCAUUUAUGAUCCGUUUUUGCGUGCUCUAAAUCAUUGCAUAAAUAUAAGAUGGUAUGGCGCUAGGACAAAUGCGGUUUUUGGACAUUUGCAGAUUUUUUAUAGUUCUUUUUUAUAUUUUUUUUUUAUUUUAUUUGUAGUAUGAUCAGGGACGUCGUUUGGGGGGGGGGGGGGGGGAGACCCCCCCCCCCCCCCCCAAACGGUCUUGCCGGUCCGGGUGAUCCAUUUCGGUAAUAAAUUGAUAGCCAAAGACGGACCUUCACAAAAGUUAUUUAUUUUUUAAAACUUCAAACCAUAAGCUAAAAAGUUAUUUUCAAUUUUGCAAUUUUUGAAAAUCCGGACCGGACCGGUCCGGCAAAACACUGGCCAUAAAUGUCCAAAAUCCGCGAGUGUCCAAAAACCGUAUUUGUCCUAGCGCCGAUGGUAUAUAUUAUUGUCAACUUGAACGUUUAAACUUAAAGAGCGCUUGAAACGGGUUUUAAGAGAUUUCUGGAAGAAUUUUACUUGUCUUCUUGCAUAUUUUAUCUGUGUUUAUGAGUCAAUGAGAAGCUUGAAUAUGUUUUUGGGGGUUCUAAUUUAAACUAUGUGCGUUAGCACUAUUUAUGUUUUAUGAGGUGGUUUUCCGGUGGGUAAAGCUCGUCAUAUAAAGCCUUUAUUAUAAGUUUUGUAGCUUUUCUCAUUAUGUUUUUUUCCUGAUUGAGUUACGUUCUUUGAUUCGUUUUUUUCUUUUUACUGAUUUCUCAUUUUUGAUUUUAAGGAUUAAACGUGAUUAAACGAUACCAUAACAACACUUGUUUGUCUUAAAAGAUGGCUAAACAGGUGUUGUUACAGUAUUUGAUAUAACAGCACCAAGAACAGUUUUAGUAAGGAGUUGUUAAAAAGUUUUAUCAUUUUUUUGUAAGUUUAACGUGCCAUAAAACUUUAUACUGGUAUUGUUAAAUUUGAAAAGAUAGUUUUUAUGAAUAUUUAUGAUUUAUUACCUUACUACAGUCAGUGCCCAGCAGGGUAAGAAAAUUUACUUUUCAGAUAAAUUAACAAAUGGACAUAUGUGUCUUGCAAAAAUUUUUGCAUAGAAAAAAAUUUUCUACAUUUUUUUGAAGAUUAUGCAAUUUGUCAAACUGUUUAUGUCAGCUUUGUCGUGUUUGCUCUGCUUUCGCUGUGGGGGAGCUGGUUGAUUUUUCUUCAAUAGAUAGUUGGUAUAGACGCUAUAAAAUUGCUUUUUGUUAAUGUUUUGGGGGUAAUGUAACGGUAACGGAACAUUGUUUUUUUUGCAUAUUUUUUGGACAAUUUUUUGAAAUUUAAGUGAAAGAAGUGAAAGUAUUUUAAAUUGAUAAACUGACGGGCGUGCGUACAUAAAAUUUUUGUGUUUUUCCCUAGAAUACUGCUUACUUUUAUAGUGUAAAAUAAAAUGGUUUGGAAAAAAUCGUAUACGGUUACGACGGAAACUAAAAAUGUCCGCGUCGAAAAUAAAUUUUGUUUAAACGGAACGUUUAAAGCGCUGACCGAAGAAUUGUAAGUAAAUUAUUAUUUAAUUUUAAAAAAUUUAUGUUUAUUAACGCAUUAAUUUCAUCUUAUGGUGUAGUUUUUAUAGCUAUACAAUAUAAUACAAAAUUUUCUAAAUAGCUGUAUAAAAAAUACGAUUUUUAAAAACAAGAUUUAUAACGUUGAGCAAUUUCAAUCAUUCGUAAAGCGGAUCGAUCGUAUGUGAAGUAAGAAUUCCGGCUUUCAGAUUCAUAUUAUAUUAGGUGAUUGCGAAAUUAUCCCGCCAAUUUUUGUUUUUACCAAAAUUUAAUAUUAAAAAAACAACAACAACUAAUUAACAAAUAUAUGUGUCAUUAUUAUCAACAACCUGUUGCCAUCCCUUCGGCAGCAUUUGAAUUCAACUUCUGUAGAAACCUGGAGUUUUAGAAUUGAAAAAGUUAGUCCACCAUCGCUUGAGGUCGUCUCGGUUGUCAAAGCGUAUUGCAUUCAGAUGGUUUUGAAGAAAGUGGAACAUAUCAUAAUCUGAAGGCACAACAUCAGUGGAGUACAGCGCAUGGGGCAUCUCAGUCCAGCCGAAACUUUUCAGCUUGUGUUGGGUCAACAUUAUCACAUAGGCGCGAGCAUUGUCAUGAAUGAAGAAGACCCGGUCUUUUUUACCAUGAAAUGCAGCGGCAACAGAUUUAAUUUGUCUACAGUAGACAUCCACAGGGAUCGUAGUUUUAUGUGGUACCAUUUCCCAGUACACAAUACUUGUUGAGUUCCAGCUAACGCUGGUCACUUCCUCCAGUUGGUGAAGACCAGGUUUUGGAGUUGACCCACCCUUUUCUCCACGUCCAAACCAUUGUUUCUUCUUGGUGUGAUUAACAUACAGUACCCACUCCUCGUCCCCAGUAACCAAAUUGUUAAGUCACGCAAAGGUCCUUGGGAACAUCAACAAAUAAGUGCAACUUCCACUUAGCGUUUCAGCUGGUCGCUGCUGAAAUCAUGUGGAACCUCUUGGCCAUAUUUCCAUGAUCUUCCAAGGGUCUGAAGUCUAAUUAAUAUGGAAGAAGGAUCACAUUGAACCUCUACAGUCAAAUGAGUAAUAGUUCGUCUGGGGCCUUCUUCGAUCAGCUUCAGAAGGUGGGGUUUCUUCAACGCUGAUGGUCUACCAUAUUGAACUUUUCGGACAUGUCAAAGUCACAGUUUUUGAACAUGUGGAGCCAAACUUUUGUGGUGGCGUAAGAGACAAGUGAAGGCCCUACAGCACUGCAUAUUUCCUUCGUCGCUCUUGUUGCGUUGCCGUUCUCACGGAAGUUGCGAAGCAACACUGCCCGAACAUGAUCGUGUUUCACCUUGAUUUCUUGAACUACCGUAAACAACAGAAAGCUUAAACAUGCAAUAGUUUUUAGUCCUUGGACAUCUCUUUAUAUAGGUUGACAACAGAAAGUUCUAGAACAGUCCAUGAUUUUAAAAAAAAUUUUUGAAAAAUUGGCGGGAUAAUUUCGCAAUCACCUAAUAUGGAAAGCUAAAUAGUAAGGUAUGAAAAAGUCUCUUUUACCGUCAAAUGUUUUUUCCCUUUUUUAUAUCUGGUCCUACUGGUAUAAAAUAUAAUUUUUAGGUAAAAGGUAUAAUUUCUACUAUUUCUUACGAAUUCCUAAAUUUAUACUUUAGUUUCAGUGCAAGAGCCAACAGCAUCAAAGGCACAGUACAAUCAGGAGCUCAAACUGUAGCUUCGGGAACUCAAAAAGUUGCUCACGGCGUUGUGACACAUACGAAAUCUGCAGCUGAUCAAAUUCAAACUGGCAUCAAAACCGGCGCAAGUGCUGUCGCUGAAAUGCCACAAAAUUUGGUCAAAGUUGGAAGUGGAUUACUACACGAUGGGCAGAACAGUCUUGUCGAUUUUUUUAAUGGUGAAAUGGUAGGAAUGUUAUAUACUUGAAAAGUCGAAAAAAAAUUAAAAUAAAUUUAAAUUAAAAAAAUUUUUUUUUGUUAUUAUUGAAAUACGAAACAAAAUUUUAAGUAGUUUUAAUUUUGAAACAUAUUUUUUAGCCCGAAAUGACGGCAUCCGCAAUGAAGCGAGAAAAAUCUAUCGCUACUUUGGAAUCUUUACGAGAAAAAACCAAACAAGUUCGAGAACAAACAGCAGGCGCCCUAACGGACGACCUCCUCAAUUUGGAAUUUUCUCCAGUCCUCUCGCCAAUCGAAACGCCUCAGCAAAUUAUUAAGGACGCCAACGCUGCUCAAGGAACUAAUGGACCCAUUGGCACUCCACCAGACCCGCCAUAUUACCUGACAGUACGUCUGGACCGCCGUCGCAAAAAAAAACAUCGAAUUCAAGAUGAAAGCGAUGCAAAAGCCCUACAUCAACAACUUAGCAAUGAUUACGAUCAAAGGGGGGUGAAUGGGUUUGGGAAUACCAGGAAACGUGAAUUCUGGUUUGCAGUACCACGAGCACGCGUCGAUGCCAUCUACCAUUUUCUACUACAAUGGAGUCCUGACAAAUACGGACAGGAUGUGAAAGAAGCUGUUCAACAAGCUCAAGCCGACCAACAAAAGGAGUUUGAAAAGGCAGGAGGCGAUGUGUUGAAAAAAGGCAAAAAGAAGCGAAGCUUCGAAAACGACAGAGGGUUCGUUGUGCUCGACCGCGAUGUGGAAGAUUAUUUGACGUGUAAGUGGAGGGAAGAAUAGCGUUAAAUGCGUACUCGGGAAAAAAAGCCACUCGAGGACCCUUUUUGUGGAUUUCUAAGACUUCGUCUGGGAUGAGAAAGAUAUUCGUUAUGGGGUUGAAAUUAUUUAUUUCUUGAAUCCAGGGCCGGGCGCGAGGGGGGCGGGGGGACGGGGGGGUACUCCCCCCCCAGAAAAAAAAAUUUUGAAAAAAAAUUGAAUGUGGUCCCCCUGUGGAUUUUCGAAAAAAAAAUUCCGCAAAAAAUCGGCACAGGUACCUGUGCCGAUUUUUUGGACCCCCUCCCCCAGACCAAAAGUCCCCGCCCGGCCCUGCUUGAAUCAAAAAUGAUAUACCAAAAAAUAGACGAAUUAGAUUUGUUACUUCUGUAAAUAAAUAAGUUGUUUGGACAUUUACGUGCUUCGGUUCAAAUACAAAAUUUUACUUUUCGGUGGGUAUUUCGAAAAAAAUGUUUUCAAGCUUUUUUUCAGGCGGGAAACCGACAAACCAGCCAUUUGGACCUCAUCACAACAUCAAUAGGGAAUGGGAGAUUGUAACAGUUAGAGAGUUGUGCCGUCGAUUGUCGUUGGACGACGAUUUGGAAGAGGGAGAAAUGCCGUUACCUCAAGGUUCUACAGAUUCGCAAAUUCUAGACGAGUUCAUGAUCAACCAAGUCAUGGACAUUUUACCACCAAGGGCUGAAGGAUAUCCGUGGGUUAAUAUUUACAGCAGCGAGAAACACGGAUUUUCAUUGGCCACGCUGUACAGGUAUGAUUUCGGCCUACGUUUUUAUUUAGGGAAAAGAAAACAAAAUGGAUGAGUUGUCUUUAUUAUAUUUAAAUAUUUGCGAGUAUUUUUACGGUCUUAUUAACGUUUUUUAUUUUCAAUUUGACAAAUUUCAGGCGAAUGCAAGAAUGGAAAGAAGAAAUGUCGCCAGUAUUGCUAUUGAUUCGAGAUGUUGAUGGCCAUGUUUUUGGAGCUGUGGCAUCGUCAGCCUUAAUUCCACAAGAUCAUUACUACGGAACUGGAGAUUCGUCUUUGUUGUUCAGGUUUACGGGAGAAUUUCCACAUACCAGGUGCGUUCCUUAGUAAAAGUUUUAUGUUUUAGGUAAAAAUAUUUUCUAAGAGAUUGUCUUAAAUUGUGUGAUUAUAGAAUUAAGAAAUUAAAUACUGUUUUUUAGAGAACUUAGAAGUUACACUUGGACAGGAGACAACCAAUACUUUAUCAACGCCUCUAAAGAUUUUUUGUCAAUGGGAGCAGGAGGCGGCCAUUAUGGUUUAUAUCUCGAUCAGGAUCUUUUUAAUGGCCGUUCACAAAGGUGUGCGACAUUUAACAAUGAACCGUUGGCAGGCGGAAUCAAAGAAGACUUUCAAAUUCAGUUUAUUGAAGUCUAUGGAUUUAGCAUGGAUUGCUAA